AUGGAUGAGGUACUAAACAUCUGGAAAUGGAUAACACAUCCUAUUUAUCUUUAUGAUAACAGUCGUUUAUCAGCGUCCUUUGUUGUGCUAACACUUUUCCAUCUUUCUGUCUGCUUCAUUCUUCUUGGAGUCUGCGCUUCAGAUUACUUAUGUCCAAUAGUGGUUACAUUAACAGACCAACGAACCAGGUCUCACAAGGGUAUUUCAGCAGCUAUCUUACUAGCAUGGUGCAAUUCUUCGCCGGAUCUUUUUUCUAAUUUGAUGUCCUGGAAUUCAGCAAACAAUGCUGCUGCCCUUUCCAUUGGAGAAGUAUUGGGUGCUUGUGGUGUUAUCAUAUGUGUGGUCCAAGGCGCCAUAUUCAUGGUUGUAAAAUCAGCAUGGAUCAAUUUAAAGCCUUACGAACGCCAUUCAAUUAUUGUUGAUUUGGGGUUUUGCGCAUUAUCGGUAAGCAUUAUUGGGUAUGUUUGCAUUUUGAAUAGAGUUACGAUAUGGGAUUGUGUGGUGAUGCUAUUGAUAUAUAUCACAUACAUAAUCUCUAAAGUGUCGUUAGGUACACAACAGGUUCCAGCUAUAGAAGUUUCAAAUGUUAUAAACACCGAGAAUCAAACUAUUCAAGAAGUUUUAGGACCAUAUUCUGAUGUUGAUGACAACGGGAGUCAGUUUCUCAUCUCCGACCUAGACACGGGGAUCAAACCAAGCUUAUUGACGUCUAUGGACUACAAUAGUUUACUGAAGGCUCUAGAGACAUCACUGUUGCGGGAAGAUGGUGAUACCAUUUCUCUAGAAACAAUGGGAACCAGAACAUCACCGUUUAGGCCUGUGACUGAACCGAACGGAGGAAUAGACACUAAUAUUCAUUCAAACUUUACUCAUACAGCACCUCCUACUUUUCAACCAUACUUUGAUAACCCCGAAGUAGUCCUUAGUCCUACCGUACCGGUGAGAACUGAAGAUAUAUUUAGACGAAGGGAAGAAAGGCUCAAGUCAAGUGCAUUAUACAUGUUAGCUCCCCAAUUGAUAAACUUUAGGGACAAGGGAAAGGUUUCGCAAGCGAUUACCCUUUGCUUAACACCGUUCAUGAUCUUACUACGAGUUACCAUCCCACAAUAUGAUAAAAUGGUCGAUCGUAGAUCAGAAGGAUCAGAAAUAUUUUUCAAAAGAAGUGUUCUUACGAUGUCAAUUGUUCACUCCAUUCUCGCGCCCUUUUGGGCAGUAUUACUUAUGAUGUCAUUUGCAGAAAGGAACAUGCCAAUUUUCGUAUGGCUGCUCGCUAUCGUUGUCUCGGCUUCACUCCUAUUAGGUAUCUUUAAUGUCUACAGCGAAGUAGAAUUGGCUAAUAGAUUCUCAUUAAACAACAACCAGUCCUCAUGCUACGCAAGAGUUGAACAAAUCUCAAAAUUAGUGUCCUUCCUAUUUAACAUUGCAGGAGUCUGCUCAAGCAUCCUAUGGAUAUCAUACUUGGCGAAUACCUUAAUUGAAAUAAUGGUUCUAUACCAAAAAAUAAUCCACAUCUCGGAAGCAAUCCUUGGACUCACGAUCUUUUCAUGGGGUAAUUCUGUCAGCGACUUGAUGUCCAAUGUAGCGAUGGCCAAACUCUACCACAAGCUCCCAAACGACGACAAUACAAACUUAGACACCAAAUUCUUCUCUAUAUCCUUGGGCGCGUGUCUCGGAGGCGUCUUAUUAAACACAAUGAUUGGAAUAGGUAUGAGUGGUCUUGUCGCAAUGGUUCCUGCCAAGAAGUGGUCCAUUGUAUUGCGGGACAACGGCGUAGAUAGCAAGUUCUUGCUUUCAUGUGCUGCAAUAAUUCUACAAAUACUCUUUCUUUUGUGGCUGUUUUUGACAAACGCACGAUUCUUACAGUCGCAUAUGAGAACUGUUGGGCUGGCGAUGUGCGCUUGGUGGUUGGCCGCUACUUUAUUCAACUUAAUACUUGAAAUAUCCGUUUAA